AGGGAUGAUGCCAGAGAGCUGCAGGCAAACACACAUGUUCGAAACUUAGAGGAACUUUUUUGCCAGUGACCUUCAGCACUGAUGCACUUGUUAGAAAUCUGUGCAUCCUUCUGUGCACGUGACCGAAUCCUUAAUUCAAGAGUUCCUCUCUGUGGAAGUCAUUUUUUGGAACUUUUGGACUUCUUGGGGACAAGUGGAAAAUGUUUGCACAAAUGAUUCUGCUGACACCUCAGGGGUAAUUGGCUGAUUCCCUUUGUUGUGUCUGGACACUUGCUUUGUGUGUGUGGGGGGGAAGAGUCCGGUGAAGACUGAAGCAUCACCUGCAACAUCAUCAUCACGCUUGAGCUUCAGCAAACUGGACGAGCUGCUCAUAGAGGAUUCUUGAGGCAGGAAUCAUGAAAGAUAACUAUGGAGGAUAUGAGAACCAGCUUUUCAAAGAGGAGGACCUCACAGGAGAGGAAGAGGAGAUGCCUUCCUUUAGAGGUCGCAGCAGAGGAGGCUGUGUGAGGUGCCAGCAGAGCAGCUCGCUCCAGCUGGCCGUCAAGGUCCUUUAUGGAUUCGUCUUGUUCCUCAUCAUCACAGUGGCCGUGCUGGCAUCACUUGUCUUCAGGAAGGUUGACAGGAUGUCGGAGGAAGAGUCCGUCUACCACAGUAAAAUCACCAGAGCUCAACAAGGAAUCGAUGACCUGAGCUCCACCUCUAACUGCUCAGGCUGCCUGGAUGUGACGCUGUACAGCGAGGAGAUCAGCCGGCUGAAGAGAGAGUUCGAGGACAUCCAGAAAAUGAUACUGGGCCAAGAGCAGGUCCUGGACCAGGCGUCACAGUCUCAGGCCACUCUGAAGACCGCCAACACCCGGCUGGUACGUGAUAUGCAAAACCACCUGACGAUGAUCAGGUUCCUCAACCAGUCCCUGGAGAGGUACCUGGAUCGGGUGGAGGCCUGGAAGGACGUGAUCGAGGAAAGUGAGGAGAAGAUGAACACUCUGAUGGAGGAUCAGUACGACGUCAAAGCCACGGCGCAUCAGGUCAACACCACAGUGGCUCUCAGUGCAAUGUGGAUUGACGCCCUGCAGAGAAAAGCGGACGAGGAGACUCUGGUCCUCCAGAAGCUGACCGGCGACUGGCAGAACUACAGCCGCGUGCUGAGCACCCUCAAAUCCAACACAAGCAUCACCACGCAAAACAUGCGCUACCUCCAGAGCAACGUGGCUGCAGACCACCAGAGGAUCGCCAUGACCACCGAGGUGUACUAUGCCCUCAAUCAGCAGGUGAUGAACCUGCAGAUGCAGCUCGAAAAUGUGACGUCUUUCAUGGAUGAACACGAGGAGAACAUGCAUGACCUUCACUACCAUUCCAGGUACUAUGAGAACCGCACAGGUGAGCGUUUCUCCGCCUUGGAUGGUCGUCUAAACUCCAUCGCGAUGGAGAUCGAAACGGUCUCCUCCAGCAUCAACGCCACCGUCAGCCACGUCCAGAGCAUGUACAAGUACAUCAACAUCGAGAGCUCGUCCUGCCAGAGCCGCCUGGGCAGACACACAGAGGAUCUACAGGAUCUGAACAGCACAGUGUUGUUACUCCUCCACUCAGCCUACACCCUGAGGCAGCAGAGCAUGUUGUUGGGUGUGCGACUGGACAUGGACGUCAGGAACCUGACCAUGGUGAUGGAGGAGAUGAAGCUUGUGGAUGUUCACCAUAAACAGCUCAUUAAUAACUUCACUAUAGUAAAAGGGGCUCCUGGACCCCCGGGGCCCAAAGGGAACCGUGGUGAAAAUGGUCCAAAAGGUCCGUUGGGACUGACGGGAAGCAAAGGGGACAGAGGCGUCUUAGGAAGUCGUGGAUCCGCUGGACAGAAGGGGGCUGUUGGUCCCAUAGGUACUCGAGGUGGGCCAGGGCCCCCCGGCAAUAAAGGGACAGUAGGGGUCAAAGGAGCCAAAGGUUCUCUUGGUACCCCAGGGCCAGGUGGUGUAUCGGGACUCAAAGGUGACAUUGGUCCCUCAGGUAAAUACGGGCUUCCGGGACCCUCAGGGUCCACAGGGCUCCAGGGUCAGGCAGGACUACCAGGCAUCAUUGGGCCGGCAGGACCAAGAGGAAAACCUGGGCCAGUAGGGCCAGCUGGACCACCAGGAACCCCCGGACCUCCAGGCUUUUCAUACUCACAUGACCAAGUCAACACGCAGAAGCAGACCAUGACACCUGGCGCUGGGUCGAAGAGGCAGUAGAGAGGUGGAUGGAGAUAUGGACCAGAGGAGAUUCGUCCAGUUCUCAGAAGCUUAAGACUCAUAGUCUUAACGAAUAUCAUCCAUUGUGACUGGAGAUGUGACAAUCCAUUUGUGUGUGAUGUGCAAUGGACAACUUUAUGAACAAAUGCAACACGUCAAAUUGGAGAUGGGGCUUCAACCAAGAGGAAGAAGAUAGAAGUGCAGCCAUGAACUGAGCUGCUGCAGGGAGACACCAGAGGACUCAAGUCUGGUAGUGGACCGUGUUCGGACAGACUUUUUAUGUAUAAAGGUUAAAAUACAACAGACCUUCCCCCCCCUAGGUGUCUAUAUGCAAACAUCAAAAUACAGAAUGAGCUUAUGGCAAAAUUAAAAACCCGUCAUUGAAUUUGAAGUCUUGCCUAUAGAUGAAUGUACUGGAAUUAAAGAAUGUGCUAAAACUCACAGGGCUUAACGAACAGGAGAGAUGUUAACCACAGGAUUAAAGUGGUGUUUUCUACUCGAAGGUUUACAUUCCCAUGCACUACUAUAUGGGAACAGAUAGACUUAGCUUUGUGUUGUUUUUUACACAUCAUGUACACCAUAACGUAUGCUUUCUCUGGUGGAUAGCACUUUAUUGGUUCUUAAAGUGAAAAAACAAGGUCGGUUUGCUUUUAUUUCAGUUUGUCAGAGCAGGUUCUCUGAGGACUUUGUUUUUAUCUACUGGGCAAAGCUAUGAGCGGAGCUGGAGCCAGGAGGUGCUUGGCAUAAAGACUGGAAGGAAGGGGGAAACGGAGAGGAAUUACAUGCUGUGACUAUUACUAGUCCUUUCAAAGAACACAGAUUGUCAUUCUCUCAUGCAGAAGAGAUUGUGGAUACCCAACCCGAGAGAGUCAGGCCCAGUUUGGACAAGAAUUAUGAAAUAUUCAGGUUCUGGUCACCUUUGGUCACUCCAGCUACUUUUUUAUGCCCAUCAUGCCUGUAAUCACGUCAAACCUUUCGCUUGUGUUGGCUUUUAUCCAAAAAUACAGAAUGCCUGUCAGAUUCGGCUUAGCAAAUUUUCUCUCCGGCUCACUCAGUUUGCUUUUGAAACUUCACAGUAAGCAAGGCUAGCUGUUUCCCUCUGCCUCCAGUCUUCAUGCUAUGCUAAGCUAAGCUAACCACCCCAGCGUCAUUCCUUGCUCACUGACAUGAGAGUGUUUCUCCUCAUCAAACUCUUGAAAAGAAAGACGUAGAGAGAAGUUUUCCUGUAAGAGACAUGACAGAGGACGAUGAAUAUUCCACGUGUAAAGACAAAACUGCUGGUAUCAAACUACCGGUCAAUCAGAGUUUGAUGUUAUAUCUUCCUCGGUUUCUCCUUUUGAAUUAUUGUGAUUGUGGAGUUAUGACCUUUGAGAGUGUUUACAUACAUAAAUAACCAUUUACACUUCAAGCUUUACAAAAAAGGGACACAUGCUACUUUUGUAAACCUGUGUGUUGUAAUGAAAUGCGACUGGCUUGCAUCGAACUUCAAUAAAUGCUUUUUCUUUUGGAACCA